GGACUCGGAGAUGCGUGAUGCGAGUACGGCUGGGGGUGACGAACAAAAAAGCGGCGAUGUUGAAGAACAAGCUGAGAAAAAGACAUUCCCAGAAGUCGAACAGGAACAAACUACUGUUAAGGGUUGGAAGUUGACCUAUCAUCUAAGAGCAUCUCUACCCCUUCCUCAAGUAGGAAAGCCAUCGAUAUGCGAGCUAGUAGAGACGCCAACUUUCAACCCCUAAUACUGGCAACAGCGACGAUGAUGUUCCUCAACAAGUGGAAGAUGAAGAUUCGUCGUUGCCUUCUAUGGUUGAGGACACUGCUACUCCUACAAAUUCAGAAGAUUCAGGGGAUAUUUCGUCUUGGGAUAUACCACGACGCGCAGUUUCGAAGUACCUCAAGUCGAAACGUCAAGUGGCACGUAACAACCUUCGUAACAGCCUUUACCGCUUGGCGACUAAGGGACAGGGAAUGCUUUUCCUUCUGGCUUUCAGCCACAUGAUGCAGACUGGUGUGGAUUUCGACGGCAAAACCAGCUAUGAUUCCGAUCGUCAUCGUCCUUCUAAGAAAACGGACACUAGCAGCGGAAGUAGAGAACAACAGCGUGAUCUCUCGCCCUCCCACAUCAGCUUUGGAAAUGCAGCCUCCACAUACCCGUCGUCCUACUACGCUGAAAAUGCAGAAAAAGCUCCAUUUUUUCUACGUGCACUGCGCCGAAUUCAACAUGAUCAGGCUGAAUACGCUAGUACAACUGCAAGUGCGAGUACGGAGCUGUUGGGUAAAGAUAAGCCAGGUCCUCAAGUAUCUCCUUCUCAACCACAAACUAGUUCUCCUGUGACUCUUGACCAGUCUCUCAGAGAUCUUCCAAGGAAGAAUCGCGGAGCAGAAGACGCCGUUCAUGUUCACCAUGGUGCUUUUAGUGUGGCAAACGAGCAAAGUUACAUGAAGCACGAAUCACCAGCACUGAGCAAGAAGACCGACCUCCGGGAGCAAAUGUGGUCUGUCGUGACCCCUUAUCAGCGCGUGGUACAGG